CGGUCUGCCGGUCGGUUUAAAAUCAGUUAGUUCGAAGCAAGCAUCGAGUUUGCUGGCUUUUGCUUGAACAUAAAAAUUCGUUAACACAGUAAAUGAACCAUUUUUUUAAUACAGCAAAAUUAGAUUGAAUAUAUUUUUAUACCGGUGAAUCAACGUGUAUGUUUACCAUUUAGUCGUACGUCGCUUGUUUAUGUUCCUCCAUCAGUCGGAAUCGUCGGACUGAACCUAGUGCUUAACCUAACCCAAAAAAAAACAGAAAAAACAACUCUCCCCCGCCGGUCGUAAAGUAAACUGUAUGAGCGCACCCGGUUGCAUUCAUCAUCAGAACUCGCCAUCACUAUCGACAAUCAAUUAAAUUCAAAGGAACCCGCUUCAACUGCCUAACCACCCGCCGAAUGUCCGUGAGUUUGUUCUCCGAAAUGGACAGAUCGAGCGGAAUCGGGGACGAACGAGCCCUCCAACUUGCCCUUGAACUCUCCAUGCUGGGGUUCAGUGAUCAGCUCAGUACCGUUAACGUUCCGGAUUCUGAUCCCCAUAGCGAUCUGAGCCCGUUCGUCGGCUCCAUUGGCUCACCGUUGGAGGAUAUCCGGUCUAAAAAGUCUCAGAAUAUGACGGAGUGCGUGCCCGUGCCCAGUUCCGAACAUGUGGCUGAAAUUGUAGGCAGACAAGGCUGCAAAAUCAAGGCUUUGCGUGCGAAAACAAACACGUACAUCAAGACGCCGGUGCGAGGUGAGGAGCCGGUCUUCGUGGUCACUGGUCGAAAGGAGGACGUGGCCAAGGCCAAGCGGGAGAUUCUGAGCGCUGCUGAGCACUUUUCCCAGAUCAGAGCUUCCAGGAAAAACAACCUUGCAGGGUUGGGAUCGGGCGCGAGCACUCCUCCGGGACCUCCGGCCAAUGUUCCCGGCCAUGUGACCAUUCAGGUGCGAGUGCCGUACCGCGUGGUUGGCCUAGUGGUGGGGCCCAAAGGGGCGACGAUCAAGCGUAUCCAGCACCAAACUCACACGUACAUCGUCACACCCAGUCGCGACAAGGAACCCGUCUUCGAAGUGACCGGCCUGCCCGAAAGCGUGGAGUCUGCACGUCGGGAAAUUGAGGCGCAUAUCGCCAUGCGAACGGGUAACAGCAACGGCCUGGCCCUCAGCGGCUUGCCAUCUCUAGGCAGCAUGGAGGAGAGCGACAUGUUCGUCUCAAUUUGCAAGACUGGCUUGCACUCGAUCCUAAAUUGCAUGGAGCCCAUUCAGGAUCAGUUCCCCACGAUGACUUCUUCGACGGGAAGUAGCGGCGCUUUUUCCGGCUCGAGCUCCGGCUCGUGUUCCAGCAGCUCAUCCAGCAUUGGAGGCAGAGACCUGGGAACCAUUUGGGGCUCGACUGACCGGGAUGAGGGCCUCGGCGACUCGCCCAGCUUUGAUACGACGACAGCGCUAUCGAGCAUAUGGUCCUUUCCGAUGAUCCCAUCGCGGCCCAGCCCAGCUAACAGCAGCAGCUCAUCCGAGUCCCUGGGAUCGAUGUCGUUUGGUUUGAGCGCAAAGUGCAUGGUUUGCAACGACUCGAAAGUGACCCAUGCUCUGGUGCCGUGCGGCCACAACCACUUCUGCAUGGACUGCUCGAAUAGGAUCUGCGACGGGGCGGGCGCUCAAUGUCCCCUUUGCAAGACGCGCUCGAUCCAGGCCAUUCGAAUCUUUUCGCCCACCGUUUAAAUCUGAAGCAGGUAACACGCAGCAGCUGAAUGAUCUCGCUCGAAUCUCCUUGUCCGGUAGCCGCAUAGCAGGGAGUUUCCGCUGAAACUUCACACAACAGUAUUAAUGCCGAAGUUGGAUGGAUCGCCUCGCUCCCUACCAUGCGGUUCGCACCCAUCACAUUCCCCCUCCGGGUCUCUGGAAAUCCUGUGUUCAGCUUGCCGGUCUGGGCGCUUGGCGCAUUAAGGGAUACGCAUACAACGAAUACCUACUAAAAAUUCUAUUGUUGAUUUUGAUCAUUUCCCUAGCGAGCAGGAGUUCUUCUUCGUUUCGGUUGUUUAUAUUGGUUGAGCUAAGUGGUCCGGACCUGGCCGAGCGUAGUCAUCGUAUGCCAGUUUUCAUAUUUCCCUUUUAUUUUAUUACCGUUUUACGACUAGUAGGCAUUAGGAAUAGAAUUAUAUUUAGUUUUUUUGAUCGAGUUUACCCGUUUUCCUGCUUACAGCGGAAGAUUGUUUAGAACACGACUUCUAGAUAUGUACGUGCAACCGUUUAGUUUAUCUAGUACAAACUAGUUGGCAUCGUACCGAUGUCCGCUUUUUUGACGCUCCGCCACCCUCUAUAUUGCAAAAGACAUUGCGACACCAGCAUUCUAUCAGAUAGAUUUAGCUACUCGACUCGAAGUAUUUUCGUUAUUUUUUCAAGUGUAUUUUUUUAAGUUUUGCCAUGUGAAAUCGAUCACGUUUUUAAAGUCUGAAACAGCAAUUCUCAAAAUAUUAUUUAAGUAAUAUGUGACAUUUAAACAAAUAUUUAACAUUAAUAGAAAAAGCAUAAGUAUAGUAAAAGUUUAAAAAAAAUAUUAUAUAUUUGGGAGUGAGACAUAGUUUUCGUAGUAGACAGUGGGUUAAUAAUGCAGUGAGUCAAGAGUGCAUCUGAGAUAACAGCGGACACGACCAGUUCGAGGGCCUUUUGGCUGUGAUCUUCAAUACGCCGCCGUUAAGGGCCGGUCCGACCCUGUCGGGAUCGGGACCGCUUCUCGUUGUCCAAAUACGGCCAACUUUGCGUAACUUUCAUUCAAGUCAAUUGUUGCUAUUCGGUCAAUUGCUUGGACAAAGCUGAUGUGCGCAAAACUGGCAUGCAUUUGGCAAUUCGACACUCGAAUCGGCCCCCAUCCCGUCCAAGCACCCCCCUAAUAACAACAUACAUAUCCAUUAUUGUUAGUUAAAUCACAUAUUGUUAAUAUUGUUCUGUUAUCGUGUGAUGCAUAUAUUUCUAUAUAUAUUUUUAAGUCGAUCUAAUGAGUUUUAAGAGACUAAUGACUAUAAAUUACUUAUUAAUUGUGCGCACAGGGCCUCGGCACGCUCCUGAUGGCCGUCGAGUUUCGUGGGUUCCAUUUUUCACAUCACUGUUAAGAAUGUCUCUAGUUGCCCGCUUUUGCAGCCCCAAUCCAACGCGAAAACCAUCAAAAUUUGGCAAAUAAUUCCACUUCUCGAAAAUCACUGCAACCCCAUAAGACAUCGUGUUCAAUUGUACAGAGCCAUUCUUAGCUGUUACUAACAUGAUAAGACAAUUUUCAAAAUUAACAGUACAUGUAAAAAAAUAAAUAAUUAAUUAUUUUAUUUUUUUACAUAUUUUUCUGGAGAUAUUUAACUAUGAAUGUUAGUACAAGUUCAUGUUCACGGUUCGUGUGCACAUUGACUAUUUAGAAUACAUUUUUAAUUAGUUAUAUUUUAUAUUCAUAUUUUACCUAUUAUAUGAACUCUCUCGAAGUGAUUUAUUUUCUAAUUUUCUAUUUGAUUUUUUGAAUGUAUAAGUGUGUUUUCUAUUUAGAAAUUUAUCAAUUAGAUGAAAUGUUUUUUGCGCGUAGCGACUGAGACGGUUUUUUUGCUUAGUUAGUCGGUUCUCUUUAGGGCAACUAAAGUGUCGAUGUUAGUGACUUUAAAUAUUUUGCUACGGAAAAUAGCGUUCGAUAAGACUAAACUGCCGUCUGUACGCUUUAGCUGCCCCUCAGAAUAAAAAAAAAUUUAACCUAGCGAAUAAGAUAUUUGAGUUUUAUAUUAUUAUUUUGCUACCAAAUACCAAUAAAGUUCGUGAUUUAUA